AAGUCGAAAGUGGCGCUACUAUUGUGGAUAUAAAGCUUUCCAAACAAGCUUUUCUUUAGCAACUGCUAAAGUGUAUGUAAUGCUUGUGCCGUAUAGAAGUCUUUAAUCAAUCAUCUGCCCAUAACUGCAUAACAGUCACAUUCGACAAAAGUAGGCAUUGGAGAAAAUUGAGCUCAAAGUUUGCAACUUGCACUAGUAUGAAAAAGGAUCUAAAUUUCAAAAAUUUGGCAUAAAUUCAAAAUUAAUUACUUUGCAAUGAAAUCUUCUACAGCUCUUCUUGUAUGCUGAGCGAAUAGUUCAAAAAAAUAUUAGAGCAAAAUAUGAUUGAUUGUACGUUAUGAGGCCAGUAUGUAUUCCCAGUGUGACUGUUAUGCGGUUAUAUUCGUUAAUAUUUGUUAAUGAGACAAAACGACUUGGUAUUUUUUUCGCAUUUUGUGGAACAAACUUGUAAAGUUCAUUUGGAUAGAUGAAAAUACUGAUGAUUUGGAGAAGAGCCCCGGUAUUAACUCAAUUUUGACAAAAACUGCAAAUGUUACAAAUAUGCAGUUAUGGGCAGCAUAGCUAAUGCAAUGAAGUCUUACAAAAUGUACAUUUAAGGCAUCAAUGCCGUAUAACAAAGCAGAUAUAAUGUUAAAUUUAUAUGAUUGAAAAACUGAACAUCGUCAGUGUAAAAAUUAAAAAAAAAACUUCGACUAAAAAUAGAUUGCUACAUUUGGACUCACUUUUUAUUUUCUAACCAUGCUUUUCUCCUACUGACCCAGCUUCAUUGAUACUUUGAGAUAUGGUGAUUAGACAAUUUUAUCGUUUUCUAGUAUUUUUCCUGUGUUGGGAUUAGAGACGAACCAGCCAAGGGCUGAAAGUCUCUCUAAUAAAGACAAAUCAAUCAAUCAAUGUGUUGGGAUUCGAACCUAGAAUGCUGACCAUGAUAAACGCCGGAUGCGCUGACCGAGUGUACCACGGAUGCUACGUGUUUCAGCCACGUCAAACACAUAAUAAUAAUCAGUGUAAAUUUAGCUCAUGCCACUCGCCGUCCUCGCCUUUGCGCUUUCUGCAGCUGUCAAAUGUUUUGCUGAAACGUUUUCAUUCCAUCUGCGCCUACGGACUGCUUUGUUGUGUUUAUUUGUGAGAAUCGGAUUCGAUCAGCAAAUCCACAAAAAAAUGCCGCCGAAAGCUAAAUACCCCAAGAAAAAGGCCACGGCUCCAACAAAACAAGAGAAGCUUUCUUCUGACGAAGUUAAAAACAAAGCCGCUGCUGGGCGCCGGAAGACCGGUGGCUCCGAGCCGAAAAAGCAUCUCCAUCCUCUCAAACCACGGAAUGCUGAGGGCAAUGUUGGUGUCCAGUCAAAUGCGGCUAAACUAUUUGCUGCAAUUGUAGCAAAACAGUGCACUGUCGUCAAGACUGCCGUCGAAAGUAAGGAAACCAGAGAAUACGAUUCCGGAUCGGAGCACUCUACGAUCACUUCAGACCCUGCUCCAAACCAACUGAAUGAGUGCAAAGCCAUGCUCCUCAAACCGGAACCUGCGGAUGAUCCAACGGACAUUCUCUCAUCCGUAAGCAGCAGCAACAGCUUGAGUGUGAACAUUCAAUUUGCCGACAUUAUGAAGAAGCUGGAAAGUAUCGAGAACAACGUGCAAGAAAUGGGGAAGCAUCAGGCGAAGUGUUUGAUUCUUGGUGCCCAAGCAAAUGCGAACAUUGACUACCUUUUGUUCGAGAAGGCAAAGCAGCCAACAGUGAAUGUAGCAGGUAAACCGCAGGAGUCGCUACUAGUCCCGGUUAACAGUUUGACCGACUUGGAGAAUGCUGAAAAGCGAUGUGAGGACGACAGUUACGUCGAAAGUGUUAAUCGUGAAAUGGGACAAAUGCAUGGCAAAAAUCGAUUUAAAACCCGAUGCGGGACUGUCUGUCUCCAGAUAAUUGAUCACUUUGUCGAUCUCAGCUUCUUCCGUCAGUGUUCGUGGACCGGGAUUAGCAAAACUUUUGACGAGAAUCAAAAACUGGUGAAGAAAAUUGCUUUCUCGAAGUACGAAAAGUUCAUCAAUCUGUUUUACAGAGUUAUCUGUAAUGCAGAUGAGGACUCCACCAAGGAAGAAUGCAAUAAGUUCUUCAAACAGUGUCUGAGGAAUUCUAAGUAACGUGUUGGUGAGCAGAUGCUAAGAUUGCCGGCUGCCAGAAAUAGGACAAAAAGGAUUCCCGUUGAUUCAAACGACUACGCCGAAGAUGAAGAUGACACCGAAGAUAGACAGGCAGAAGGAUCUAACAUCGAGUACAUCGAGGAAAUCGUCGAACACGAUCAUGAUCCAAACAGACAUGUUGAUGAUUCAAACGACAUGAUUGUUGAUGAGAUCGUUUUUACUGCAGAUAUUUGAAACGUUUUAUUUUGUUCUUCAAAA